AUGAUCUUCACCAGGUUAGCAGUGCUCCUUGUGGGCGUUGCAGUGUCCGUUCAGGGCCAUGCCAUUGAGGUUGAGAAGAGGGUUUCCGACAAGCACACCACUCGACCUAACCCUUCCAAUGGCCACUGGGUCGAUGCAUGGGCAUCAAUGCCACAGCUCACCGAGCCUGCGAACCUGCCUCCAGCUCCAUUCAACCAGACAGGCGCAGUCUUCGUGAACUCGACAGUUCGACAGACUCUGUACAUGACCACUUCGGCCAAGCAAAUCCGUCUCAAAUUCUCCAACGUGUUUGGCGGCUCCAAUCUUCCCAUCACCGCUGUGACAGUCGCGCUUCCGUUGAACCAGACCGCCGGCAUCCACCAGAUUCAACCCAAGACCGUCCAGAAAGUAACAUUCGGAGGCAAGGAUGGUAUUAGCGUGCCAAAUGGCGCACUCGCAGUGUCCGACCCCAUCAACUUCGAAAUCAAGGCGCAGCAGAUCAUCACUGUCACUAUGUACCUUGCAAACGGACAAACCACCAACAGCAUCACCAGUCACCCCGGUUCCAGAACAACCAGUUGGUUCCAGUUUGGCAACGCAGUCUCUUCGGCUAGUCUAGACAUUAGCAACUCUACUACACAAUCCGUGGCGCAUUGGUACUUCCUCUCCUCCAUCGAAGCUUGGGUACAGCCACGCGUCGGCUCCCUUCUCAUUGUCGGCGACUCGAUCACCGACGGCCGUGGAUCUACAACCAACCAGAACAACAGAUGGCCCGACCUCCUCCUUGCACGUCUCCAGAAGAACCCCUCCACCAAGUACAUCUCAGCCGGUAACUUGGCCGCAGGCGGAAACCGCAUCCUAGCCGACGGUCUCGGUCCCAACGCUUUCGGUCGCAUCGACCGCGACGUCCUCGCCCAUCCGGGUGUCAAAUACGCCAUGAUUUUCGAAGGAGUAAACGAUAUUGGAACCGCAGCGACAACGCCUGGAGCACAAGAACAAGUCUACCAAGGUCUGACUCAAGCAUACGAACAAAUGGUGACCCUCAUCCACGCCCACGGCAUCCCCGUCUUCGGCGCCACCAUCACACCGUUCAGCGCGCCAGCCAAUUUCACCCAGCAACCCUACUCCGAUCCCGAGCGCGAGAAGACACGUCAGCGCAUCAACACAUUCAUUCGCACGUCGGGUGUUUUCGACGCCGUUGUGGAUUUCGACCAGUUCCUUGCCGACCCCAAUAUCCCCAGUCAGCUCAACCCGUUGUACGACUCGGGUGAUUAUCUUCAUCCUGGCCCGGCUGGAUACCAAUACAUUGCGGAUAAGUUCCCUAUUCAGAUCUUUGGUAUGUGGGCGAAUGGUGCGGAUGAGUUUAGUUGGGGUAUGUAG